UGGAAGCAGAUUAAGAAGAAACAAAAAGCAAAAAAUGGUUUCUUUGAAAUGCUACUUUUUUGAGGCUUCAAUCUUAAUGGCGAUGCUAGUCGUGGCACCAUCAUUAGCAGGGUUGGAUGUGAAGGUGACAACCGGCGUUGUUAAAGAUAGUUGUUUCAAGACACAGGAUCCUUCUUUCUGCUUGGGGGUUCUGAAUAAAAUUCCUCAAGUAAGUAGUGUGGAUCUUCCAGGAUUAGCCAAUAUCACCAUUAACUUGGCAACUUCUAAUGCUACAAAAACUCUUCAACGAAUCAAAUCAUUGAUCCCAAAAACAUCUGAGAGACAACUUAAGGAGGCAUACACCUCUUGCUCUGAGCAUUAUGAUGAUGCCAUUGGUGACCUUGAUGAUGCUAAAAAAAACUUGACAGAAGGUGAUUCAAAUGGUGUCAAUCUAUCAGUUUCAGCUGCCAUGGAUGAAGCCAGUGAUUGUGAUGAUGAAAUAAACGACCUCCCAGCAGAUGCUUCAAUCAUCAAGGCCAACCAGGAUCUCAAUAAGAUUUGUGAUAUUAUUUUGGCUAUUUCUAAAUCAAAUAUAUGAAAUCAAAUUAUUGAUAAAUUACUGGAAAUAAUCGACUCCAAAUGUACCAAUUGCUUGAGUUACAGUGGCUAUUCUAUCCAAGUCUAGAUUUUAAUUUUAUACACAGAUUUUGAUCCAACAUUA